AUGACUGAAACAAACUAUGGGAAAAAAGGUCAGUGCUCGGCUCAAAAGCGCCAUCCUCGUUUGGACAACUCUAACAGUUUCCUGCAGUGUCCUCUCUGGGUUCAUCUGAUCUCCGUAUCCAUCCACAAGAUGUCUUGCAAGGGAACCAAGACCAUGACCUCAAGGUCCAUUAUCACCAAGAGUCACUGUGGUUUGACGGCCUUUCCACAGAAAGCCCACAGUGUGUAUGGAGGUGGUUUAGGAGGAAGCACCCGCAUCUCUUGCACCUCCAGAACUGGAGCAUACGGUAGAGGAUUUGGAAGAGCAUGUGGCGUUGGUGGAGCAUCCGGUUUUAGUGGAGGAUCCAGUUUUGAUGGAGUGUAUGGUGGAGGAUAUGCAGGAGGCAUAUUUUCUGGAGGGGACAUUCAACUCAAUGAGAAGGCCACUCUGCAGAACCUGAACGACCGCCUGGCCUCCUACCUGGACAAGGUGCGCUCACUGGAGGCUGCCAAUGCCAACCUGGAAAGGCAGAUCCGUGAGUACUAUGAGAAGAAAGGGCCAGUUGUACAGAGGGACUACAGCCCCUACUGGAACACCAUCAAGGACCUGAAGGACAAGAUUAACAAUACUACAACCCACAACGCCAACAUCCUCCUGCAGAUUGACAACUCUAAACUGGCUGCUGAUGACUUCAGGGUGAAAUAUGAGCAUGAGGUGGUGAUGCGGCAGUGUGUGGAGUCUGACGUCGCUAACCUGCGCCGCUUGCUGGACCAGACAAACAUGGCAAAGUGCGACCUGGAGAUGCAGAUCAAGGGUCUGGAGGAAGAGCUGGCAUUUAUGAAGAAGAACCACGAAGAGGAGCUGUGUGCACUGAGGGCUCAGCUGACGGGUACCGUGAACGUAGAGGUUGAUGCUGCUCCUCAGGAAGACUUGAACAAGGUUCUGCAGGAGAUUCGUGCUCAUUAUGAGAACAUCAUACAGAAACACCGCAGGGAACAGGAAGCCUGGUUUAACGAAAAGAUGGCAGGGUUGAACAAAGAGAUGGCCCAGAGCACACAGGACAUAGAAACGUCCAGGUCACAGAUCACACAGCUGAAAAACACCUUACAGAGUCUGGAGAUCGAGCUACAAUCUAUACUCAGCAUGAUUGCAGCACUGCAGAACUCACUGGCAGAAACAGAGGCUAGGUACAGCUCUAUGCUAGCCUGCUACCAGAACCAAAUCAACAUGCUGGAAGCUGAGUUAGCUCAGUUGAGAGCUAGCAUUGAGCAACAGGGACGAGAUUACGCAGUGUUGCUGGACAUCAAGACUCGUCUGGAGCAGGAGAUCGCCACCUACAGGUGCCUCCUGGAAAAUGAAGGCGUUAAGGGUCAGUUUCAAGCUGGAAUCUCAAGUGGAUCUCAAUCAUUCAGUGGAUCCCACAUUGUCGCAUCUGGUGGAUCUCAGUCCUCUGGUGGAUCCCUUGUUGUCACAUCUGGUGGAUCUCAAGCCUCUGGUGGUUCCUUCACCAGCACAACUGGUGGAGCAGCAACCCAAAUCAAGCAAACCACCCCGACUCCACAGCGUACUUACUAAAGUGACACCAUGCCGCUUUGUGAGACAGUAUUCAAA